AUGUUACGAAAUUUGAUAUUACCUUUUACGAGAACAAACAUUCAGGUCAAUUCUGUAAGAAAUAAGCAAAAGAAGGUUCCAAAAGUUGAUAAAAAACUACAGGCUGCCGCCGAGUCUCUUGCUUCCAGGGGUUUUCUUCGACCCAAUAAACCCUGGGAUCCUCCAGUUGACAUAGAAGAGAAGAUUCUCAAAAUUUGUGUAAGCAAUGGUUUAAAUACCAACUCAGAAUUUGAUUCACUUGCACUCAAAUUUAGUGUUCUUAAUUCAUGUUAUGAGGAGACUGGGCAUAGUGUACCAAAUUCUCUGCUGCACACAAUUGAAACAGUUGAUGAUCUGUUGAGCUUUUAUGAGACACCGAUUAACGUCCUGACACCAUUUGAUGCACUUAAGAAAAUGGAUCUCCCGAAAAACCUUCAUGUGCAAGAGGAUUAUGUUAGAUUUCAUCCUGAUAAAGAUACAUUGUUUAAUGGAGCAACAGCAUUUCCACAGAGUUCUACCAUAGUAACAGGCUUAAAAGCAAAAAAGAAAUAUGAAGGGUACAAUGCCAAAAGAUCCUGGCCAUAA